UGGUUUUAUUAGGCAGGAGUGCUCCUUGAUUAGGUGAUUUAAGGAAUGGUAAAGAUCCCAGACGUGGCAGGAGGGGAUUGGCUGGGUCAUUUUAGACGAAAGGUCUUGUGGUCGGUUGGUCUUUUUUUUUUCAUCUUCAAUGUCAUCGAAAUCUCUUCCUCCUCUCUCUGUCGAAAUCUCCUUGAUGAUGUUUGAUCCGUUUGUUCGUCGGUGAUUAUGUCUUCCUUCCAUCAUCGGGUCUGCCUUCCUCGUCGAUUCUUUCGAAAUCUCCAACGGAGAAAACAUUUGAUUCGUUUCACCCACUUCGUCGAUGUUCUCCUCCAGACUCAUCCAUGCAAUCAGCACAAAGAUCGAUGGGGGAAGUGGUAGUUUGAAGUCGCGAGGGACGGACUAUGAUGAUGAACAGAGUAUCUUCCGACAAUUGUGGUUACAGUUUUGGUGGUCGAAUCCGACAAAGCAGUAGUAGCAGUAGCAGCAGCAGCUCAGAUGAUGAAUCCAGUGAAGUUAAGAAGAAGGAGAGUGGUGAAUCUGUUUCUGAAGUUGUUACUGUGAGUUCUGUGCCUACUCAACCUAUUCCAAUAGCUGGAGAUGCUCCUUUUAUGGAGUCUACUGCUAAUGUGAUUGUAGAGAGUAUCAGUUUGAUGGAUUCAACUACUCCUAGUGAUCCAAAAACUGAGCUAAUGAUUGAAAUCACACCUGUUGAGGCAAUGAUCUCAACCGAGAAUGACGAGAGUUCUUUGCCUAAACCAAACGAGAUUAAGCAGGCGUCUUCAAGUGCAACCGACUCUGAUGUGAAAGAAAACGAGAGAAAAACUUGGACUCUUCCAGAAUCCAACAGUGUUCCUGAAGGCAACAGUGUUCAUGAGGAAGAGGCUCCAGUGCGGCCAACACAUGGAGUUUUGCAGAGAACGUCAUGGUUAAGUUGUUGUGGCUUGUUUGAUGUGGUCACAUGAUCCAGUAGAUAAACUCAGAAACAGAGUUUUUCCUUCAUGAAUUCAGAAGUGUUAUCACAGCUAAGGAUUCUCGGUGUUACCUGUGAAAAUUCAGUAAGUUGAUGAGUGUCUCUCUCUCUCUUUCUCUUCCAUUGAAGAACACAAAACACACAUUGUUUCAUAUGCGAGAGUUCUCAGCUUCUAGUAGUCUUCAAAGCAAGCUUGUCUAUAGUUUUUGCUCUUUAUAUUAGCCCCUUACGUGUUCUCUUCCCUUUCUCUCUGUACGAUUCCUUUGUCUGUUGUUGUUUUUGUUCAUAUGCAAAAAAUUUAUGUAUGCUUUUAUUUUAAAUCAUUCUACUUAAAAAAAAAAAUUUAAGAACCCUA